UUCACUGCUGGUCUGAUCGGGACGCGUCUGAAAUCAUUUCAGGACUGAAGUAGCUGAUUCGCUCUCGUUCAAAACGUUCUCUAAGUAGACAACAAUGUUUUGCCUCAUUUUAUUAUCUCUUUUUAUUUGCAUUUCUACUCAAAGCAAUGCUAAACCAGAGAAACACUCCCUGCACUACAAGUUCACAGUCCUGACCAAAGCAGGUCCAUUUCCAGCGUUCAGUGCUGUGUGUGAGUCUGAUCACAUCCAGAUCGCUCGCUACCGACCUGAAGAACAGAUCUGGAUGAGAGAGAAUCUGACUGAAGACGCCUGGGACCGAGCUCCUGGAGCGCCGGCUGAAACUAAAGAUGGGUAUCUAGAUCUGAUCAGGAUUCUGUCCAACCGCACCGAGUCUUCUGAGUUGCAUGUGCUCCAGAGAAUGAGUGGCUGUGAGCUGGAGAAACUCCCUGAUGGAGCAGUGAUCAGUCUGAAGGCCUUUGAUGAGUUUGCAUACGAUGGAAAGGAUUUUAUUAGCUGUAAGUAUAACUUUUUCCCGUGGAUGGAUAAAGUCAUAGAAACCGAAAUGAAUCAUCAAACUGGACGAAACCCAUUUCUCAAGGACUUCCUCAUAAACUGCACUAAGUGGAUCUCCGCGUUUAACAACACGUAUAAGAAUUCACCAGAUGUUGGUGUGUUUGCGAGGAAAGCUCCUGAUGAUCACAGUAAGCUGGUUCUGAUCUGUCUGGUCACUGGUUUCUACCCCAGAGAUAUUGAGAUGAACAUCAGAUUGGACAGAACUGCACUUGGGAACCAAAUAUUUUCUGAAAUCAGACCAAAUGAUGAUGGAUCCUUUCAGAUGAGAUCCAGUGUGAAGAUCGAUAAAAACCACAGAGGAUCUUAUGACUGUCAUGUCAUUCACAGCAGUCUGACAGAACCAGUUUCAGCAGUAUGGGAUGGGAAGUGUCUCAACUGUGAUCCAGAUGCUGAUCCACAGGCUGUUACAGCAGGAGUCGCAGCAGCAGCGCUGUUUCUAAUCGCUCUCAUUGUGAUCGCUUACUGCGUCUGCAAAAAGAAAUCAUCCAGGGGUCUGUGAAGUUACCAGUGGGAUAUAUAAGAUGAGAAGUUAUGAUUUUACAUUGAUAUUUAAUCAUUUAGCAGAUGCUUAUCCAAAGCGACUUACAAAUGAGGACAAUAGAAGCAGUUUGGACAAAGUGUUGUGUUCAGUGUGCAAUAUCAGAAACAAAUGUCUUGAGCGUGAGUGUGUGUUUAUGUACUGGAGGUGGAACAUGAUAUGCAUGUUAGAAAGAUCUUCACCGAUUUCCAACUCAUAUGAAUGCACUGAAAACAUCCUAUAAAAAAAAAAAAAUCCCAUGUACAAUUAAGCUUCUUUUUUAAACAGAGAACAAAGUCUUAUUAUUGUUUUUGCUUGUCAAAAAACUAAUUUUGAUUAAAUUUUUACCUCCAAUUAAAGAAGUCCAUAAUGGCCAAAUGGUUCCCUCGCUCUCUUCUCUUUAUAGGAGUUUGUCUUAUUUCUCACCCUUGUCUAAUCGAUGCGCAUCAAGGCAAACUAGGUAAGUUCAUUUAUUUACUUCUGAUCUGCAGCUGAGAAGCGGUGAUAUCUAUUUAAAAUACUCAUUACGCGGUUUCAUAAACCUGAAAUAUGUUUACACUUUUCGUGAUAACAUAACAGGUCUAAUGUAUUGCUCCACGGCUUUGUCAAACGGACUAAAAUCGAAGGGCUUUGUGCCCUACAGCCCUAACUAUUCUCAUCAUAACUGUGAUGUUCUACAAAACAGAAAGCUUUUAAACACUUUUUCUUAAACACUUCUUUCAUUAGAUAAUUUACUGUGAAAUCCGUUUUCUCUCAGGUAGCCUACAUCAACAGUUUCUUCAUGGUGAAAACUUCUACAUCACUCUUAGUCCAUAUUUCAACAAAAAUAUAUCUUGACUUGAUCUAGUGGUUAUUUAGUGAUAAACAGUGGGGUGGGGUGACCACCAGAGGUCAUCAUCCACCACACAGACUCUCACACGACACAGUCCACCCUGGACUACAUUUCCCACGCUCCAUUGCACCAAUCACAAGUUCACCUGAUAACAAUCACACUAUGCACCUGAGACCAAUCACACACACACACACACACACACACACACACACACAGCACAAUCAUCAGACACGCUUAUAAGCAUUGGACUUCCUCUCACACUGCCGAGUAUUGUUCUGCGUAUAUUCCUCUCUUAAAGGUAGCUGCAUACAAAAGCCGUUCCAUGUUAGUUCUAUUAGUCUUGUUUCAGUUUAUAGUUUAGUCUUUUUCUUGCUUUGCCCUGUUUCUCGUGUUUUGACCCUCUGCUCUGGAUUCUGGAUUACCCCUCUUACUUAGCCCUCUGGAUAUUGUUCACUCAUUGUAGACCCACACUUUCCCUGGGAUUACUCUUGUGUCAAAAGACACUGUAACAGUCUGUCACAGGCAAUUCUAAUUGCAUUUAUUAUCUUUUUUCUGUAUAUUUAUUAUCCUUUACCAUCUUCUGGCCCGCCAUCUAGUGGUGAAUUUUUUUUUUGGCCCGAUGCCAAACUUGCAGACCCCUGCUUUAAACCAAGUAAGUAGUAAGUAAAAUCUCAGACAUAUCAUAAGUUUGGGGUGGGUAUGAUCUUUUAUGUUUUUGAAUGUCUCUUAUGCUCACCAGAGCUUAAUGUAUGAAAUUAAUACAAUUUAAGAUGCCUGUUUUAUUUGUGA